AACUCGCCCGUUUACCUUCAUGUUAAAUGUUAUAUCACCGACACGCUUGUUAUGGACAGGAUACAAUUAUCCGCAUUCAGAAGAAAAUGCUGGGUUGUUCGAGGGGGCGGAUAGAUUCCUCGCUCGUACGCUUCAGCUCGACCGACUAGCUAAUCUCUACAACAUCUGAGAAACCUAGCCAGCUAGCUACACGAGAAUCCACACAAUGUGGAAUCGAUGCACGUGUAUAAACGUAGUUUUUUUUAUCGGACAUUAAGGGGGGUGGACACGAUCUAUUUAGCUUACGCAUGCUCAUAUUUGAUUUAAUAUAAUAAACGGAACUGAUUUAUAUAAGAAAAUAUAAAACAAGUUAUUUUUCUAUCUCAGCAUCAUUUAAAGACAGACUGUUUUCACUAUCGAAUAACUCGUUUUGAGGGCCCCUGAUAGAGAACUGGAAACAAGACUGUAACUACCAAUUGGGGAGAAAGGAACAACUGUUGGUCCCACGGUCUACCUGAUGAGUAUGAGCGAGAUUACAGAACCUUCUAAUGAUGCUCCCACUCUUACUGAAGUUUUAUCAAUUCAGAAGGUGAGGCUAUUUGUCUCACAAGAUGCCAUAGAACAGGGCUCUCCAACCCUGUUCCUGGAGAGCUACCAUCCUGUGGGUUUUCAAUAUAACCCCAAUUCCGCCAUUAACCCUGCAUCCACAGCCAUCAUUCCCCCUGCACCCACAGCCCCCACCCAGUCUGAGGUGACGAUGACGACACCGGCUGAGGAGAUACAGGAGAAGGCGGCUGAGGAUGUGGUGGCCGUGGAGGAAGAGGAAGACGAAUAUGUGGUGGAGAAAGUUUUGAAUCGAAGGGUGGUGAAAGGGAGAGUGGAGUACCUUCUUAAGUGGAAAGGCUUUUCGGAUGAUGACAACACAUGGGAGCCAGAGGAUAAUUUGGACUGUCCCGACCUGAUUGCACAGUUUCUGCAGAAACAGAAAUCCGCUCAUGAGUCUGUAGGCAAGAGGAAGUCUGCAGAGCCUAAUGUGGAAGGAGAGGAAAGUCGACCCAAGAAGAAAAAAGACGACCCAGAGAAACUAAGGGGCUUCACUCGAGGUUUGGAUCCAGAGAGGAUUAUUGGUGCCACUGACUCCACUGGAGAACUCAUGUUCCUCAUGAAAUGGAAAAACUCAGACGAAGCAGACCUGGUACCAGCUAAGGAAGCAAACGUGAAGUGUCCAAAUGUGGUCAUAUCCUUCUAUGAGGAGCGGCUCACGUGGCACUCUUACCCCACAGAGGAGGAGGAGAAGAAGGACGACAAGAACUAGCCGUCUUGGAGAGAGGUAUCAAGCUGGUUCUGAAGACUGUAGAGGUAGUGUCAAGGGCUUAUGGGGCUCUAGGCAAAGGGUCUGAGACAAGCACCACAGCACAUGGACUCCCUUUUUGGUUUAAUAUCACCCAUCAGGUUAAAAUCUCUGGAUAUGACCAAAGUCAAUACACGCUGUGGGUUCUCUUGAGAAAUCACAACCCUGGAAGAAAUGUAUAAUGCAGUGUUAAAUGUUAAGAUUCAUUCUAGUGACCAUUUGGAUACUACAAGAUCAUUUUCACAGGGCAGUUGACUAAGAGGUCUAGGCCUUGUACAUUACUGUGUAGGCUGGUGGAAAUGUUAUCAUUCAUUGUCUUGUAAACAAGUCAACGGUGCCAUUUAGUUUUAUGUAAAUGUUUUGUAGCUUAUAGUGCAAAACAAUGUUAAUCUUUGCUCAUUUUGUGACUGUUUUAGUGUAUUGAGGUAACACAUUUUUGAAAACCAUGUUUUUUUUAAACUUUGCUCAUUUGUCCAUCUUAUUCUAAAAUUUCAUAAACAGGACUUGCUUGUCUGUUUUUGGAGAAUAAACAACUUGUUACAAUUGUCA